AUGUCCGACCAGCAGGAUGGUCCCCAUACAGGUGUCCCCUUCACAUACUUCUGCUCGCUUGUGCGUGAGAUAGCGUCAAUCGCGCCUACCACGCCUCGGACCCGACGCGCUCAGCGCUCGCGCGUUUCGUCCGGACAAGAGAGGACGGCCCUUAACGUGUUCAAGAAAUGGGUGGAGAAUCUUCGUCUCCGAUUCUCUCCUCUCCUUCAUGGCACUACCGCCAUAUGCUUCAAAUUUUUGUUUCCGGAAGAGGACUGGCGACGGAGGUACGAUAUUCAGGAAAAGACCAUGGCCAAGCUUCUACAGGAGUGUUAUGGCAUUAACGAGGCGCUAUUUGACUCGUUGAGCUUGGAGGAAUCUUCUGGGUGCCUUGGGGAAGAGCUCAAAGUGGUUCUGAACCAGAGAACGUCGGAGGAAGGACAGAACGCUAUCAGCCCUCUGACUAUAUCUGACGUGUCUGAACUGUUAGACCAACUAGCAGCAAGCUCGCCUUACUCCGAUGACUCGAUACGACACAAAAAAUUCCCACAAGAGUAUAAACGAGGCGAUCUUAUGCGCAAACUGUUUCGAACGCUCUCGCCCCAUGACGCAUCGGUUCUCACCCAAAUUAUUCUCAAAGAUCUGAAGCCUUUGUUAUACCCCCUGAAUGAAUUCCACUAUACCACGGCUCUGACGACUUUUGAUUCAGCCUCUGUCAAGAUGCUCACUCUGCAACAGGCCAUGAAGGCGUGGGAUGACUCGAACCAUUUACUGCGCUUUUAUGGGUUUUGUUGCUGUAUUGACAAAGCUGGAGCGUUCGCAGAAAACCCGACCAAGUCGUUGAAAGAUGUUCGCCCGUCCAUUGGAUCCAUGAUAGCUGUGCCAAAAUCACAAAAAGGCACAAGUUAUCAACAAAGCCUGGAUUACUUUUAUAAAUCAAAGUUAGUAUGGGGUGAGACGAAAUAUGAUGGCGAACGAGUACAGGGCCAUGUACAGAUAGGCGAGAACAACAGAUUGGAAAUCACCCUCUUCAGUAAGAGCAAACGGGAUUCGACAUCCGACAGAUGCGCUGUGCACAAUAUAAUAUUCAGUGCUCUUGGACUGGAUAAACCAGGACGCCCGAGACGGGGUGGAAAGCGUCAGGUGAAAAGGAACAUCAUUUUUGACGCUGAGAUGGUGGCUUUUAAAAACACCAAAAUUGAAGAUUUUUGGAGGAUCAAGUCACUGGUCGCAAAUACCUCGAAAGGAUCUAGGCGCAGAUGGCGCUCGCACAAGAAAUCAGACGCAUACACCAUCAUGAACUGCGAUGAAAGCGGUUUCAGCCUAGGUCUCGUCUUCUUCGACGUGAUGUAUCUAGACGACAAUUCCCUGUGUUGGAUGCCGUACUCGGAACGGCGUUCGAUUCUGGAGUCACUUAUCCAAGUAACUCCAGGAAAGGCUAUCCUCUCCAGUCGAUACCCUAUAGACAUGACUUCCCCUUCUCAUGCCGAGAAGGAGCUGGAGAGGAUCUUUCAGAAUCACAUUGACCAACAUGAAGAAGGACUCGUUCUCAAAGCUGAACAAUCGAGAUAUAACGACUGGAACAUACCUUGGGUCAAACUGAAGAAGGAUUAUAUGCCUGACGCAAAGGAUCACAUCAAAAUGGUUAUUUUUGCUGCAAGUUGGGAAAAGAGCCGUGGGCGUUCCCUAAGAGUUGCGCCAUCGACGUAUACAACAUUCUACAUAGGAGGUUUAGCCCCUGGGUCGAGUCUCAACAACCCCAAACCUUUCUUUCACAUAUAUUUCAGUGUAUCGUAUGGACUGACCCGCGAAGAUCUAGAGGAGCUUAACUUUUUGAUCAGAAACUCUGAUACCGUACCUUUUACUAAAUCGACUUUGGCCAAGGAUAACCUGCCCUAUCAACACUCGUCGUUUCCAGGCCUCAAUCCUGCACCAACAAUAUUAUUGCGUACACCACUGCUUGCAGAAAUGUUUGGUGCAGGGUUCACCAAAGAACACAACAGUGCUCACUACCAACCGCGAUUUCCGCGUAUUACCAAGGUUUAUCGGCCCAGCGAGCGCAGCUGGAGAGAAGGACUGACGCUCGAAGCUCUCCAUAAAAUCGCAUGCAAAUCCGUCGGGCGUGAGGAGGCAGAAUCCGGUGUGAAUUCUCAAGAUCUGGAGGUUGAGAGAGUGGUGAGCGAUAUGUGGGCGCAAGACAAGAAGAAGAAGCCCGUGCAUGCAGCAAGUUUGAGUGCAAAUUCGCCUGAGAUGGACAUUGUAAGUGCGCCGUGUGUGACACCAAGGCCCUCAAGUCCGAUUCGAAAGCGCAAGACAAGAGAAGGCAGAGCAACUGUGCCCAUACCCGAGGCUUAUGCUGAGUGGUUCGAUGACUCGGACAGUGACAGACAUCAAGACAUUUCCCCCGAGGGUAGUCGCAAGCGACCAAGAAGAGAAGACACAAGCUUUACGACCGAGUUUGAGAGCACGAUUGAAGAGCCAGAACCAGUUACUCCGGUCCUGCAACCAUUGACCGUCACCACGAACAUACCAGCACCGGGACUGAUUUCGCCUGUAAGCCUGGAGAAGCCGCGGAUGAGUUCCAAGAAACAAAAGAUGUGUGUUGAGCAGUCUCCGAGUCUUUGCAAGCAAACUAGCAAGAGUUUCAAGACAGUGAAGAAGAAAAAAGCACUGUACUGGUUUGCUCCAACGGAUACAAUGUGUGAGGUGUUCAAAUCAUGGAAGGAAGAAACGGACAAGGAAGAACGCAGACACACACUGAAUGCACUGCUGCACGACUGCGGUGGGAAGCAAGGAAUAAUUGUUAUUGACGAGUGUGACAGCAAGACCAAGCAAGUUAUCACACAGAAGCUGAAUGCAGAGAUUGUUAAUGACAUCAUCAAUCUCCUUAUGUUUUCCCUCCUGCGCUCAUCCUCCGUCUCCCUUGCCCGUCGUUUCUCGACCUCCACAGUCCGUCCAGACCGCGCAGUCGUCUACGCCAUCCCAGGCCCACCGACAGAGGUCCUGCGCGUGCUCACAUACCCAGAUCUCCCUCCGCCACCACCCAACACUCUCAAUAUCAAGUUCCUCCUCGCACCGAUCAACCCAGCAGACAUCAAUGUCGUCGAGGGUGUCUACCCUACCAAACCAUCCAAGCUAGACGCGCUCGUCUUCGAUGACGAGCGCGGCACACUCAAUGUCGGUGGGAACGAGGGGCUCGCAAAGGUCACCGCCCUGGGGCAAACAGACGCUUCACACGGACUCAAGGUCGGCGACUGGGUCAUCAUGACGCGCCAGCAGGCUGGGACGUGGGCCACCCACAGAAACGUCGAGUUCGAAGACGUCGCUAAAGUCCCUGGUGCUGAAGCGUUGACAGAAACCCAGGCGGCGACAUUGACCGUCAAUCCUCCGACAGCUUACAACAUGCUCAAUGACUUUGUCGACCUCAAACCAGGCGACUGGGUCAUUCAGAACGGUGCCAACAGCGCUGUCGGGCAAGCCGUAAUUCAGAUCGCGAAAUCGCGUGGGCUCAAAACGAUUAAUCUCAUCCGCGACAGACCCGACCUCGACCAACUCGUUUCCAAAUUGCAAUCCCUGGGUGCAGACCACGUUCUCACAUACGACCAGCUCGCGGACAAAUCCGUGAGAGAGAAAAUCAAGGCAUGGACGGGUGGGAAGCCUAUUCGCUUGGGCUUGAAUUGCGUCGGAGGGAAGGAUACGACAUCAAUGGCUCGUUUUCUCGGUAACGAUGCCCAUUUGGUGUCGUAUGGAGCCAUGGCAAGGCAACCUUUAUCCCUUCCCGUGUCUUUGUUCAUAUUCAAAAACCUGACAUGCCAUGGUUUCUGGCAAAGCCGGUGGUAUCUCCAACGGUCACUUGCCGAGCGUGAAGGCUUGAUGCAAAAGCUCGUAGACCUGAUGAAAGAGAAAAAGUUGGAUACGCCGGAACACGAGAUUGUGCAGAUAUCGGCGCGAGAUACCGACGAGGAGGCCACGGUCAAGAUUCGGAAGACAUUGGAGGCCAUGUCGGAAGGCCGUUAUGGAAAGAAAGUGUUGUUGAAGAUAGAAAGCGAGUGA